AUGCCUGCCCUCACCCAAGACCAGCCCCUCGAUGUGAUCAUCGUCGGAGCCGGCAUCGCAGGGCUGGCUGCCGGAAUCUCUCUUCGCCGUGCGGGUCACAAAGUCCGCAUAUUUGAGCGGUCGGAGCUCAACAACGAGGUUGGCGCCGCCAUCCAUGUGCCUCCGAACGCCAACCGGUCCCUCGUGGCGUGGGGCCUGGAUCCUGUGGAGAACAAGUUCGUUCCGUCUACUGGCAUCGCCAUUGGAUCCGGGGCCACUCUUCAGCAGUUCGACUUCACUCCACUCGGUGACUGGGUUCCCAAGGUGUUUGGCGGUCCUCUGUACUUUGCUCACCGAGUCGACUUGCAUGAGUCCUUGAAGAAGCUGGCGAUGGGGCCAGAGGGUCCGGGGAAGCCUGUCGAGUUGAACUUGGGUGUGCAGGUGGUCGCUUAUAACUCAGAGGAGCCAUCCAUUACCCUUAGCUCUGGUAUCGUGAAGAAGGCGGACCUUGUCAUUGCCGCAGAUGGUGUCCAUUCCAUUGCUGUUGAGGCCAUCCUUGGAUAUGCCAACAAGCCAGAGCCUCAAGCGCUCUACAAUGGAUGUUACCGCUUCCUCAUCCCGGCUGCUGACCUAGAUGCCGACGAGGAGACAGCGUGGUGGAACAAGAAUGGCGAGAGGGAGGGUCUUAUGAGGAUCUAUACGGCCAGCAAGUUGGGCAACCGCUUCAUCUCGUAUCCAUGCCGUGGUGGUGAGGUCUGGAACUGUGUUGGCAUGUUCCACGAUGACGAGUUGAUUGGCGCCACCAAGGAAGAUUGGCAAACACCUGUCGACAAGUCCCACUUGCUCAAGACGUUUGCCGAGUUCCAUCCUUCCCUCCAGGCUGUACUGAACAAAGCAGGCGAAGUAAAGCGUUGGCCUCUCCUCUAUCGUGGUCCUGUGCCCACCUGGACCAAAGGGAAGAUGAUCAUCAUCGGAGAUGCAGCUCAUCCAAUGUUGCCGCACCAAGGCCAAGGUGGCGCACAGAGUAUCGAAGACGGUAUUGCCCUUGGUAUCUCGUUAAGUGGCGCCAAAUCUGAGGAUAUCAAGGAGAGGCUGGCCAUCUUCGAGAAGGCCAGGAGGCACAGGGCAAGCGCUAUCCAGGUGAUGAGCAACGCCGGAGUGGACCAAGCUGAAAGAGUCGCUAGAGAGGUGGCACAAUACGUUAGCGUUCCUCUGGAUUCCCAGGCCAAGUUCGCCGAGUACAACUGGGGCCACGAUAUUGUCGACACCAUAAUCCAGCUGCUUCGGGGGUCUGUGGAUGCCAAGUUCGAGCUUCCGGAGGGAUUCUUCAAGGGGAACCCCUUCUCGCCGCAGAAUGCCCCCAAGUAUGCGUAG